AUGUCUGACCAGGCCAAGCCCCAGCCGUUGCGGCCUUUGCUCCCGGCACCAAAAGCCUCACAGCCUGCUCCUCCUCCUCUUUCUCCAGCACGCUUCCUUCCAGCUCAAUCAUCAGCCAAGAAGCGUCUACCGAGUACCAAGGUUGCUUGUAACGCUUGUCGGUCCAAGAAAAAAGCAUGUGACGGCAAACGCCCUUCGUGUAAGGCGUGUACAGAGCUGAAAACACAAUGUGUCUAUAUCAGCGCUAAUGAGACGGAGACAGCCGCUAUGGCUUUAAAGAGGGAAAAUCAAAUGCUCCGAGAAAUGUUGAGCCAGCUCACGGCAAUGCCGGAUGAUGUUGCCCACCAGACAUUGAAGAAGCUCAAGUUCGCCGUCGACCCUUACGCUGCUCUUCGCGCGAUAAGGCCGUCGGGGCCAAGGGAUGCCCGAGAGAUCCUGCCUCAUAUCUCGUCCAAUGUCGAGUUUGAACUCACGCGACGCCAUCCCAUCUUGUAUCCCCAGACUCGGAGAUUAGGUCGUCUCGAGAUGCCCGAGGAUGUCGACUCUAGGCCUUCCAAACUCGCUCGGGUUGAGGACGCAUCCGAAGAGGGUUCAAUUCUCGAGGACCGCCGAGCACCGGAAUACCCUACUGUGGCUGAAGACCUGGAAGAUGAUCCCUCUACAGCCUCUCCAAGGCCUUCUCGAGCAUUUGACUCGGCCUUCUUUGUUCCACCAAUGGGCCCUAUUCCUCCGCCGACACCGCGCAUUCGCAACGAGCCUCGCCUGAAAGAUUUGAACAUUGCCUUCUGGACCGUAGUACCCAUCAGUAAUCAGGACGCAGCAGAAGUCAUCUCUCUAUAUCUUGAAACAGAUCAUCCGAUAUUGGGCUUGUUCGAUGCUGAUCUGUUCCUGGACGACUUGGUCUCCGGUGAAGUUCGGUACUGCUCUUCACUCCUCGUCAAUGCUCUGCUUGCUUUCGCUUGUCAAGCAUAUGCGGCAAAGCAACCUGAAGCGUCUCGGUGGAGUCAAGAGCUGGAAGACGAGUCAAAUAAGCUCUGGCAUGCGCAAAACGAUGAUACCUUGCCUACCAUUGCAGCUCUCACCUUCUUGAUUCAGUCCAGCGGCUGUAAUGGUAAUGGUGAACUCAAUGUCAAGUUUGUCAAAGAUACAGUAGCUAUGGCGAAGCGUCUGAGACUCUUUGGGUGUCCCGAUGCAUAUACCUUUGUAGACCUAAAUCGUCUCUCGGAAUCACAGGCUAGGGCAACAGCUCAAGUCGCCUGGGGAGUUUUCAACACUCUGAGUAUGACGGCCCAGUUCUGUUUACCAGCGACUACUGAGUACCCUCCGACUCUUCCCAUCCCAGGUAAAGCUAGGCUAGGGAAAUCAACACCCGGGUCUGAGCACGAGCGUAACAGCAGCGCGAAUAGUACAGCGCCCUCCUCAGACUCGGAUGCUCGUUCCCAGUCUCGAAAUCACACCAAGAGAGGGCGAUCUCCUGCCAUAUCAGACACUUUCGCCGCCUUUUGCGAACUAUGGGUCAUUUCCUCUCAAAUCACUUGGGUUUAUCAGCACGAUACCAGUCCAGGUCAUUCAUCCCAAGCUUUUGCAUUGGAGAAGUACAGCAAACUACUGUCUUGGGCAGAUAGUUUGUCUGAAAGUAUGGAACGUAACGAGCACAGCCCAUCUCAUGUGCUUACCUGCCACAUGUGGUUCCACGGGACUGUGCUCUACCUCUUCAGGCCGUUCAUCCCAAACGACAAACAGCAUGGCUUCAAAUUCUGGUCACCGUCAGCCGACCAGAUACCUGCCUUUUUUGCGGCCUCCGUCGAGCAGCUCAAAGACCUCGUCGAGGUGUACGCGUUGUACCCGGAAUCGACGUACAGCAUCUUCGGGCACACUGCUCUCAUCCAUGUAGCCAACGCCGUAGCUAGCGACAUAACGAAUCCAGAGUGGCGACCCUACUUCCUCAGCUGCAUCCGCGCCUACCAGGCCCUGUACAGCUCAUUUACCGUUGCCGAAGUGAUUGCUGGUGGUCUCCUUUCCAUGGUUGUCAGGAAGGGGGGCAUGGACAUGACGGAAGCCCUAGGGCUGCUGGAGGAUCUCAGAUCUCGCAAGGGACCCAGAGCGGGCGGUCGGGCGACUGGUAUGUUUGUGACUGAUCUCGACCUCGCUGUGACGGACCGCGAGGCGGCGAGGGUUGAUCGUUUGAUUGAAAACUUUGAAGAGAUGACUAUCUUGGAUGAGUUUACUCAAGGUGUCAUCUGA